AUUCAAGCCAUAUUCAACGGAGAGACUUUCACGUUUCUUCUUCUUCUUCUUCCUCUUCAAAACCCUUUUAUCAGAAGCGCAGACAGAGAGAGAGAGAGAGGGAGGACAAAAGGCAUGGCGGAGGAGUCAUACGACGAAGAGUGCGACUAUCUGUUCAAGGCGGUGUUGAUCGGAGAUUCCGCCGUCGGGAAAUCGAAUCUGUUGUCGAGAUUCUCUCGGGACGAAUUCCGGUUCGAUUCUAAACCGACUAUCGGAGUCGAAUUCGCCUACCGGAAUGUUCGCCUCCAUGACAAGAUCAUCAAGGCUCAGAUUUGGGACACCGCCGGUCAAGAACGAUUCCGAGCAAUAACGAGCUCGUACUACCGAGGAGCCCUAGGAGCGUUACUUGUCUACGACAUCACGAGAAGGACAACCUUCGACAACGUCAAGAAAUGGCUCUCCGAACUACGUGGCUUCUCCAGCCCCGACACCGUCGUCGUCCUCCUCGGCAACAAGUCCGACCUCCGAUCCUCUCGCGAAGUCGAAGAGUCCGACGGUAAGUCUCUCGCCGAGUCAGAAGGUCUGUAUUUCCUCGAGACGUCCGCUCUGGAGAACCUCAACGUCGAAGAGGCUUUCCUGACGAUGAUCCGUCGGAUCCACGAGAUCGUCAGCCAGAGAAUCGCCUUAGAGCCCAAGUCCCUCGACGGAACCGUUAAAGUUAACGGCAACGGUAACGGUUCGGCUCUUCUUCCCGUUGGCAAAGAGAUUGUGAAUAUUGAUCAAGUUACCGCUACUCAACCUUUGAGUUCUUCCAACUGUUGCUUCAAAUGAACGAAUCCUAUAUAUAUAUACAUUGUUUUGGAAUUUUUGUCAUACCACCAUGCUUAGCUUACAUUUUCAUGACAUUUUGGUGUAUAAUGUAGUUAAUGGUGUACGGGGAAACACAGAAGUUCUGUGUUCAAUUUGAUCGGUUCAA